CGUCAGAGCAGCUUGGCUGGAGGCAAUGCAGCCUCCUCUGCAAUUCCCAGGCUUUUAAAAAGAUGAGGAGCCCUCCUUCCCCAGAGCCCAAGCGAUGCCGAGUGUGAUCUGACCCAUGCACCGGCCUGCAAGCCUCGCUGCAUGGACCCUGGGACUUUCGCAAGCGCCGAGGAGCUGGAUGAAAGCACCAAGAGCAUGGAGGGGUUCACGGGGGCGGGCAGUUUUGCUGCAAGCCAGUGCAGGGGUCUGGUGGCUCACUCUGCCUUAGGAGGGCCCCCCCCUCCUGCCUUCGUGCCGGGCUCUAACUACCUCAGCCUGGAUGCUCCCAGUGCAGGUCCCGGGGAGCCCUCCAAGCAAUGCAUUCCGUGCCCUGCUAUCCCCCAAAGUUCAUCCACCACCCCGCCUUUGCCUUAUGGAUAUUUCGGCAGCGGUUAUUACUCUUGUCGGGUUGCCAGGAGCUCCCUCAAACCUUGCCCCCAGUCCAGCUACUCUGCAGAGAAAUACGUGGACACCCCAGCGGCCGCUGAUGACUACCAGACCCGACCGACAGAGCUGGCUUUCUACCCCAGCUAUGCAGGCCCUUACCAGCCCAUGGCUAGCUACCUGGACGUUUCUGUAGUUCAGACCAUAGGUGGGCCGGGAGAGCCCAGGCAUGAGACACUUUUACCCGUGGACAAUUAUCACCAGCCGUGGGCUUUAACCAGCGGUUGGAACAGCCAGAUGUGUUGCCCCAAAGAUCAAAACCAGGCUGGGCACCUCUGGAAAUCUGCCUUUUCAGAUAUGGCCCAGCAGCCGCCGGACGCCGGUUCCUUCCGCCGGGGUCGCAAGAAGAGGGUUCCCUACAGCAAGGGGCAGCUGAAGGAGCUGGAGAAGGAAUACGCCAGCAGCAAAUUCAUCACCAAGGACAAGAGGAGGAAGAUCGCCGCCGCCACCAACCUCUCGGAGAGGCAGAUCACCAUUUGGUUUCAGAACAGGAGGGUGAAAGAGAAGAAAGUGGUCGCCAAAAUCAAAACCAGCAGUACCCCGUGAGGAAACAAGGCCAACACCACUAUCGUAACAACACAGCCGCCACCCCUGCUCCCCUGUAGGAUCUGGGUGGGCCUGAGAUGUAAAGAAAAACCAACGGGGGGGGGGGAAAAUCAUCACCUGGAAAUUUGACUUGUCCGUACCCCCCCCCCCUCGCUUCCCCCAGCCCCACGCCCGCCAGCUUCCGCUCAGUGAAUCCAGGCGAAGGACGCGCUUUAUCUGUGGCCUUGUUGUUGAUCCUUUAAUAAGUUAAACCCUUCUGUAAAUGCCGUUGAUUUAGGAAGAUGCGACCUGAUCCCGUCUGGCUGUAACGGAAUGUGUGCGGUUUACCGGUUUUGCCUUACAGCCCCACAUGAGCGUCAAAGUCUCUCUGUCGCUGUCUCUUUGUAUGAGCUCCGUUCCCGAGAGCGCUCAGAAAACCGCCUCAAUGAACCGAAUUAAUAAAUUCCAAAUGCUCUGGAUGGCGUCUGGUUCAGCGUGUGCACCAAACUCGCCCGGUAGA